AUGGAGGGCAACCCCGCCGAAGAAUGUAUGUUGGAUAUGCCAAAAGAAAACGAGGAUGUCAUAAGGAGUAAUACGGGUAUUUACGUUGUCCUAGAAAGGCUUGGAAAGGGCACAUUUGGUGCAGUAUUUCGCGUUCGCCGUGCACAAGACAAUAGCGAAUUAGCGAUGAAGUGUGAAUCAUGCAAAUCAAGAAAGCAGAUAAUCAAACAUGAAGCCAAGGUUUUCGAAAGUCUGAAGCAGGUGAACUCACCCCACUUUUUGCAUCUAUUGGAUCGUGGAAAAGUAGCAGGACGCUUUAAUUUCAUUGUUAUGAAAUUGGUGAGGUUUCUUCUUAUUUGCGAAGACAUUAGUUACAUAUAGAG